CUUCGUUUUCUCAUUCCUAGCCCCUGCAGGGUACUGAGAGCUGCCACCCAGCCUCACUUUGCCUGAUGACCCAAGCAAGUGCCUUCGCCUUCCUGGAUGUCAUUCUUUUCUAUGGAAGACGAGAAGAUGAGCGUGCCCUGUGGAGUGAAGCGUGUGUACUACGUCUGCUCUGGGCCAGUGAUCCAGCUCCUGGGAGCCUUCAGCGACAGCCAGCCAGGGAGACAGCUUGAAACUCUGGAGGACUUGACAAAGGUCAGCUCAGCCAAGAGGCAGAGAAGGCCCAUGACUUCUCACCCUGCCGAUGAUCAGUGUGACCUCAUGGAAACUGAGAAGCCUCGUCAGGAGGGGACUGAGGACCCAGGUGAGCAGGAGUGUAUGCUUCUGGAUGUUGGAGUGCGAUCCACUGUGGUCCGUGCCAUGCAGGAGGUGCUGUGGACUCGUGUCCAGGAGCUUCCCGACCUGUUGCUGAGGGAAGAAGAGGUAGCCGGCAUUGCAGAGGGCAUUGAGGCGGCCCUCUUCCACCUGACCCAGGACACCAACCUCCGCUACAAGACCAAGUACCGCAGCCUGCUCUUCAAUCUGAGAGAUCCCCGGAACUCUGACCUGUUUCUCAAAGUGGCUCACUGUGAUGUCAGCCCUCACGACCUGGUACAGAUGAGCUCAAUCCAGCUGGCCCCCAAGGAGCUGUCCCGCUGGCGGGACCAGGAGAAGAAAAGGGGCCUGGACAUCCUUGAGCAACAACAGAAGGAGCUGUCUAGACUUCCCGCCUCCAAACUGACUCACAAGGGCGAGGUAGAGAUCCCACGGGACUCAGACCAGAUGCUGACCCUGGAGGACCUGAUGGAACCCAUGAUGCCCCAAGAGAACAGCCAACAGGCCCUGACGACCCCCCUGGAGGACACCACAGAUCAGCAUCAGCACCACAUCUGGGACUCCAACUGCCACAUCUGCAAGGACUGGAAAUCCUCAACCGAACUGCCAGGCCUCUCCAGAGCCAUCAUGAACAAGGAGGAACAUGUCAUCUGGAAAGCCCCAAGUCCAGCUCCUGUGUCCUCUCCAGGGAUGCUCACAGUGGGGGAGACACCUUCUAAGGAACCACAGGACAGGCUCCAGAUGCCUGCUGGACACAAAAAUGUCCCACCCAGCCCUCCGCCCUGGGAGGGCUCACUAGACAUGUUCUCCAUCAAGCGUUUCCGGGUCAAGGCCCAGUUGGUUUCGGGACACAGCUGUCAGCUUGUCCAGGCUCUGCCGGAGGUCAUUCGCUCAGCAGGCUGCCUCCGUCCGAAGGACCUCUGGGAUCUUCUAGACCUCAUGUGCCCAGCCAGAGCAAAGGACAUCUGCGUGGUCCGACUGUGUCCCCAUGGGUCUCGGGACAUCCAGAACUACCGCAUGCUCUACUCCUACCUCAACAACAAGCAGCGGCACUGCCUGGCCACUGUGCAGCACGCGAAGAUGGUCCUGCUGCCCCUGCCCGCCUUCCAGCCUCUGCCAGCCCGGCUGCGCCCUCUGGGAGGCCCAGGUCUUGAAACCACUCACACGAGCCUGUUACUAGCGGUUCUGUUCCCUAAGGAUGGGCUUCCAGACACAGCUCUGUCCGUCCCUGUGGGGAACAGGGUUCCCAAGACUGCCUCCUUCAGCAAACGAGUGGAGAGGAGAUGCUACCAGCCAGAGGACAGGGCAUCAGAGACCACCCCGAGAGGAUCACUUUCCCAAGGGGAGGCCCCCAAACAGAGCUUGGCCAAGGGCAGCCUGGCUCCAAGGAGUGGUUGUGCUUGGCAGAGCCUCCCCAGAGGCAGGGGGAGGCAGGGACCUGGCUGGGGACAGCAGUCCCCAGAAGCAAGUUGGUGCCACCCCCGACAUCCCAAUUCAGGUGGGCCGGUUUUCCCCGGCAUUGGCCGUGGACAGCACCUCCACAGGACUUCCUGUUUCCACCAAGACCUACUCCAGCACCUCAAGGUCUUAGUGACCAUGAGUCACCAGUUCCAGGCCUCUCUGUGGCCCGCUGGCCAGGGGCCUCCCCUCCCCUCCUCUGCGGUAUCUGCAGUUCCGGAUCCCCCUGGGUCAACCCCAGACCCUUCUCUGGGCCCUAUGGAUGGAGGUGGCUCUGAGUGUCUUUGGCCGGAGAGGCCUGACCCUUCUUCGGACCCACCGGAACAGAAGUGUCCAUUCCCUUACUCUCAAUGAUAGUGAGAGGAAAGGCCGGCCAGCGUUCCCCCACCCGUCCAGUUUGUAUCCGUUCUGCAGCUUGUUUGA